UUCAAGCGAAUCAUCCCAAAUUGCGCAUGUCACACGUCACGUUACGUCAAAAAAUUUACGUUUACGAUUUUCGACCCGAGUUUUGGAGUACAUUUAAUAAUUUGGUUAAAUUAAAUACUCUGUAAAAAUGGAAGAUAACAAAGACUUUGAAACUUUAGAACCUUCAUUAAAAAAUGUUGUUGAACAGACAUCUCUGCGGUGGAUUUUCGUGGGAGGGAAAGGUGGUGUUGGUAAAACAACAUGCAGCUGUAGUCUGGCCGUUCAACUAGCUAAGGUGCGAGAGUCUGUCCUUAUAAUCUCUACUGAUCCAGCCCAUAACAUUUCUGAUGCAUUCGACCAAAAGUUCUCGAAGGUGCCAACAAAAGUAAAAGGGUUCAAUAACCUUUUUGCAAUGGAAAUUGACCCUAAUGUGGGGCUGACAGAGUUGCCAGAGGAAUAUUUUGAGGGAGAAACAGAAGCAAUGAGGUUAGGCAAAGGAGUUAUGCAAGAAAUUGUUGGUGCCUUCCCUGGUAUUGAUGAGGCUAUGAGUUAUGCAGAGGUUAUGAAACUGGUGAAAGGUAUGAACUUCAGUGCUGUAGUAUUUGACACUGCACCCACAGGACACACUCUGCGUCUGCUGUCCUUCCCACAGGUUGUUGAGCGAGGACUUGGUAAACUAAUGAGACUGAAGUCUAAGGUUGCCCCAUUCAUCAACCAAGUAGCAACUCUGUUUGGCUUAGCAGAGUUCAAUUCAGACAUGUUUAGCAACAAAAUGGAUGAAAUGCUUUCUGUUAUAAGACAAGUGAACACUCAAUUCAAAGAUCCAAACCAAACGACAUUUGUGUGUGUCUGUAUUGCCGAGUUCCUUUCGCUUUACGAGACUGAGCGCCUAGUUCAGGAGUUGACGCGAUGCGGUAUUGACACACACAACAUUAUCGUCAACCAGCUGUUACUGCGAUCGUCGGCGCCGUGUGACUUGUGCGCGGCGAGACAUAAAGUGCAGGAGAAGUAUCUAGAACAGAUUGCAGACUUGUAUGAAGACUUCCACGUUACAAAACUGCCUUUGCUGGACAAAGAAGUUCGAGGCGCCGCCGCUGUGAACGCGUUCUCCGAAUACCUGCUGAACCCCUACAAGCCGCCCGCACCAGCCACGUGAUCUGCCCAUUACUGGCCCAGUACUGUGCGUGUCUAUCUCAGUGCAAAGAAUUUUAUAUCCAGUUCAAUUAUUCGUUUCUAAAUUAAUCUUUGGUGAGUGAAGGUGCUAUUUGUCACAAGCUUGAAUUUAAACUGUUGCCAGUUACGUGACCACAAUUCUAUAAUUCUGGGGUUUGAAGAUAUAAUUUGUAUCUAUUGUUACUAUAUUCUCCAC